UUGCAAUGGCUGCUCCCUUAUCUGUAAACAUAUGCGUUGUGUUUACAAAAACUGCAGUUUAAAUAUAUACUAGUCACUGUUGCAGAUCCAUUGUUUUCUGGAAUACUCAUCUGCCUAUUCUUUGACGUCAAAUCUUGUUCUUGAUGUAAGUGUUUCUGCAUUUUAGACCCACAAAAACACGCGGCAGUGUCUUUCAGUUUGCCGCCCGGCCUUCCCGGGAUAGAAGCGAAUAGCUUGAAGGCUAGCUGCUCUAUUUGAGAUAAUGGAUGACGAUGAUUCCAUGCAUAGGCUGGAAGGGUCUGAUCCCUCUGCUCAAGUUGGUGGACUGAUCGUAAAGAAGAAGAAUACUGCUGCAGAGGCCCAUGUUUUUCGAGCUCCCACUCCACGCACGUCCCUUUUGGGGUUGGAUCUGCUAGCAGCUCAGAAAAGGAAGGAGCGAGAGAGUAAGGAACAGGCAGACGCUAUUGCAGAUGAACGAAAUAGCAAGAAGUCAAAGGUUACCUCCUACAAGGACUGGGAGGAAGGUAAAAGUGACUCUGGGUCCGAUGAAGAAGAUGAUGAUAAGGACAGUGGUGUUAAGAAAGAGAGCAGGAAGUAUCGUGUUACUGGCUCGGAGACACCCUCAAACCCUGGAGGGGUCAGCGAGGAAUUCAAACGCAAACACCAGCAGCGAGAGAAAGACAGGCGUGAGCAUGGCGUCUACGCGUCCUCCAAAGAGGACAAGAACAGAGAAAGAGAAAAAGAAAGGAGCAGAGAUAAGGGGAGAGACCGAAGGAGUGAAAGAGGGGACCGAGAGAGCAGCCACGGUCGCGGGAACAGCAGCUGCCGAUCGGAGCGGGGCGAUAGGAGCGAGCGCUCACAGAGGGAGGGCUGGUCUGAUCGCAUCAGCCGGGGGAGCAAGAGAGAAGAACCCUCAUCUCCACAGCAUCGCCCCAGAGAUUCCUUCACACCCUCACGGUCCAACUGGGAGGAGGAUGACAGCGGUUAUUCCAGUUCACGGCAUUCCCAGUGGGAGUCUCCGUCCCCCACCCCGUCUAACAGAGAGAUGGAUCGCUCUGAGAGAGGCCAUCGCUCCGGCCGAGAGAGUGAGAGGAGGGACAGGUCAGUAAGAGGCCGUUACCCUGACGACACACCCCUGCCUACCCCAUCAUACAAGUAUAACGAGUGGGCCAAUGACAGAAAACAUUUGGGAUCUACCCCUCGUUUAUCACAAGGAAAAGGCAAGAAAGAAGAUGGGCAGGGAGGAAUUAUGUUUGAUAAUGUAGGCGAGAAAGACCAGUGGGAGGAGGACCAGAAGCAAGCUGACAGAGAUUGGUACAUGAUGGACGAAGGAUAUGACGAGUUCCACAACCCUUUCACUACCACAUCUGAAGAAUAUGUAAAGAAGAGAGAGCAGAUCCUUCAGAAGCAGACUCAGAAAAGGAUAUCUGCCCAGAGGCGACAGAUCAACGAGGAUAAUGAGCGGUGGGAGACCAACCGUAUGCUGACCAGUGGUGUGGUACAGAGGUUAGAGGUGGAUGAAGACUUUGAGGAGGACAAUGCGGCUAAGGUUCAUCUGCUGGUCCACAACCUUGUUCCUCCUUUUCUGGAUGGAAGAAUAGUCUUCACUAAGCAGCCAGAGCCUGUCAUCCCUGUGAAAGAUGCUACCUCUGACAUGGCCAUCAUCGCUCGUAAAGGCAGCCAGCUUGUUCGUAAACAUCGUGAGCAGAAAGAGCGCAAAAAGGCACAGCACAAACAUUGGGAAUUGGCAGGUACCAAGUUGGGGGAUAUCAUGGGAGUCAAAAAGAAGGAGGAAGCAGACAGCUCCGGUGGCAAAGCGGUGGGCGAGGAUGGCAAAGUAGACUACAGAGCAGAGCAGAAAUUUGCAGACCACAUGAAAGACAAGAGCGAGGCCAGCAGCGACUUUGCUAAGAAGAAGACCCUCCUGCAACAGAGACAGUACCUGCCCAUUUUUGCGGUCAGACAGCAGCUUCUUAACAUCAUAAGGGACAACAGCAUUGUAAUUGUUGUUGGGGAGACGGGCAGUGGGAAGACCACCCAGCUCACUCAGUACCUGCAUGAGGACGGGUACACCAGUUACGGCAUGGUGGGUUGUACUCAGCCCCGAAGAGUGGCAGCCAUGAGUGUGGCCAAAAGAGUCAGUGAGGAGAUAGGAACCAACCUUGGAGAAGAGGUGGGUUACGCAAUCCGUUUUGAGGACUGCACAUCCGAGAAAACAUUAAUAAAGUACAUGACGGACGGUAUCCUGCUCAGGGAGUCACUGAGGGAGUCGGACCUGGACCACUAUAGUGCUGUGAUCAUGGACGAGGCUCACGAACGCUCCCUGAACACCGACGUGCUGUUCGGCCUGCUGCGUGAGGUUGUAUCUCGACGGACAGAUUUGAAACUCAUCGUCACCUCUGCUACCAUGGACUCAGACAAGUUUGCUGUUUUUGGAAACGUACCCAUUUUCCACAUUCCAGGAAGAACAUUUCCCGUGGACAUCUUAUUUAGCAAGACUCCUCAGGAGGACUACGUAGAGGCAGCAGUGAAGCAGGCGCUGCAGAUCCACCUCAGCGGGCUGAUAGGAGACAUCCUCAUCUUCAUGCCCGGGCAGGAGGAUAUCGAGGUGACGUCGGAUCAGAUCGUGGAGCGGUUGGAGGAUUUGGAGAAUGCUCCGGCUCUGGCCGUGCUACCCAUCUACUCCCAGCUGCCGUCUGACCUCCAGGCCAAGAUCUUCCAGAAGGCUCCAGAUGGUGUGAGGAAAUGCAUCGUUGCUACAAACAUCGCUGAGACCUCCCUCACUGUGGAUGGAAUCAUGUUUGUCGUGGAUGCAGGAUACUGCAAACUUAAGGUUUUCAACCCUCGCAUUGGAAUGGAUGCUCUACAGGUGUAUCCCAUCAGCCAGGCUAAUGCUAACCAGCGCUCAGGCAGAGCAGGACGUACAGGACCAGGACAGUGUUACAGGCUCUACACUCAGAGCGCCUACAAGAAUGAGAUGCUGACCACCACCAUACCAGAGAUCCAGAGGACCAACCUGGCGAACGUGGUCCUGCUGCUAAAGUCUCUGGGUGUUCAGGAUCUGCUGCUCUUUCACUUCAUGGAUCCCCCCCCAGAGGACAACAUGCUCAACUCCAUGUACCAGCUCUGGAUAUUGGGAGCUCUGGAUAACACAGGCUCUUUGACACCGACGGGGCGUCUGAUGGUGGAGUUUCCCCUCGACCCCGCCCUGUCCAAGAUGCUGAUCGUUUCCUGCGACAUGGGCUGCAGUGCUGACAUCCUCAUCAUCGUCUCCAUGCUGUCUGUGCCCGCCAUCUUCUACAGACCUAAGGGUCGUGAGGAGGAGAGUGACCAGGUGAGGGAGAAGUUCUCUGUCCCAGAGAGCGAUCACCUCACAUACCUACACGUCUACAUGCAGUGGAAGAACAACAAUUACUCCAGCAACUGGUGCAACGAGCACUUCAUCCACACCAAGGCCAUGCGCAAGGUGCGAGAGGUGCGCUCCCAGUUAAAGGACAUCAUGGUGCAGCAGAGAAUGAACUUAAUUUCCUGCGGGUCGGACUGGGACAUCAUCCGAAAGUGCAUCUGUGCAGCAUACUUCCACCAGGCUGCCAAACUCAAGGGCAUUGGGGAAUAUGUGAACGUGAGGACAGGCAUGCCAUGUCACCUCCAUCCCACCAGCUCCCUGUUUGGUAUGGGCUACACCCCCGACUACAUCAUCUACCACGAGCUCGUCAUGACCACCAAGGAGUACAUGCAGUGUGUGACUUCAGUGGACGGAGAGUGGCUGGCAGAGCUUGGGCCCAUGUUUUACAGCGUCAAACAGGCGGGAAAAAGCAGAACGGAAAACCGUCGCCGGGCCAAGGAGGAGAUCACCAACAUGGAGGAGGAGAUGUCCAUGGCUGAGGAGCAGCUGCAGGCGCGGCGAGAGGAGCAGGAGAAGAAGACCACCACUGGCGUUGUUAAGGCUGUGAAAAUUUGCACACCAGGAAGAAAAGACGAGGCCCCCAUGACGCCCAGACGCACCCCUGCCCGCUUUGGACUGUAGAAACCCCAUCAACCAAUCAUGUGGCCUCUUCUAGACUCAUUAUUACUCUGACCUGGACCACACCAGCACAAGCACACAGUGUAACUUCCAGCUGCCAUUUGUCCCUCCCAGCAUGGCCAGAAUCCCCUGCAGUUCCUGUACAGACCACUAGAGUGAGAACUUGUAUAAGGCACAAGACUGAAACAGAGGUCCCUUCACCUUCAUCAGCCUAUAGCUGUUUCCGUGAUACAUUUUAAGAAAUAAAUGACUGUUGUUGGUUUUUUUUGUAAAUUCAGUAUGUAUGUGUUGUCAUUACUGAAAAGUGGUUUUACAAAUGUCUAUUCAGUAAUGAUUUUACUUAGAAACAUUUAAUUUUCUAUGCUGUUUAAUUUCCUCCAUCCUGAAUGUAUUUUCAGAGGUAAACUGAUAAAAAGUGAUCUAAUUUCAAUGUCGUCUUUGUGUCCUUGCAUUUGCUAGUUCUGGUUCGGUGGUGGAUUGAACAGCGUGUACGCCACUAUGAAGUGCUCUUCUACAGACUGCAGCACUAUUCAAACUGUACUUAUGGCAAGAGGGUCUUCAGACUCUAGAGUUGUAUUGUAAUUCCCCGAAAACACACACAACACACUUAUGUAGGCUUAGGCAAUUGACCUUUUUCUAUUUACUGUCAACCCUGUACCACCCCUGUAAUGUACCACAGCUUUCAUCAUACAAAACGUUAACAUGCUGGAUUAAACAUAUCAACGGUUAGGUUUUUAUGGUCCUUGUGUUCAGAGUAGCACAGAUUCCUUUGUGGUUUCACUCGAAACAAAUGUUUGCUAAUCUGUCUUUAAAAUGGGAAAAUGUGUUUCUUGAUGUACGUCCUCUCCUGCCCUCUCAGCUGAUCAGAAUAUUGCAGCUUCAGGUCUAUGUGUAUCAAAACAGUUUAGCAAGGCCAUGUUUGGGUAGUGACAGUGGUUCUCUUGUCUUUUUAACACGGAUUUGACACAGCAGAGGGACUGCUAAUAGAUUAUUUUGUCUUGACAUCUUUUGUAAAUGAAACAAAAAUAAAUGUUAGCUAUUUUUUGAA